AGACUACGUUUUGUUUGAAGCAGACCCAACACCAAGUACUCCUCACUUCAUAUAUACAGAUGCGUAGCUUGGCAUUUGGGACACAGUUGACUCUCACAUAUAGGCAGAGAGAGAGAGAGAGAGCUGUGUAUACAAAUACUAGUACUGGUUUCUGCGAUGGCGGAGAAAGAAGAAUCACUGAGCUCCAACACGGCAGGGAAGCCCAUCCGAUGCAGAGCUGCGGUUGGGCGGAAAGCAGGGGAGCCAUUGGUGAUAGAGGAGGUGAUCGUGGCUCCUCCAAACCCUUACGAAGUUCGCAUUCGAAUCAUCUGCACUUCUCUCUGUCACAGCGACAUCACUUUCUGGAAACUCAAGGAUCCUCCUGGAUAUUUUCCAAGAAUAUUCGGCCACGAAUCUGUUGGGGUUGUGGAGAGCAUUGGGGAGAAUGUAGAUGAGGUGAUGGAAGGAGACAUUGUCAUCCCAAGCUUCUUGGCAGAUUGUGGAGAUUGCAUUGAUUGCAAAUCCAAGAAGAGCAACUUAUGCUCAAAAUUCCCAUUUGAGGUCUCUCCUUGGAUGCAUAGAGACAAGACAAGUCGAUUCAUGGAUCUUAAAGGGGAGACUUUAUACCAUUUCUUAUAUGUGUCAAGUUUUAGCGAGUACACAGUCGUAGAUGUUGCUCAUGUAACCAAAAUUGACCCUGCUAUCCCACCAAAUAGGGCAUGCCUCCUCAGUUGUGGAGUGUCAACAGGGGUAGGUGCUGCUUGGAGAACAGCAGAUGUAGAAGCAGGGUCCACUGUUGCUAUAUUUGGGCUGGGAGCAAUCGGAUUAGCAGUUGCAGAGGGUGCAAGAAUGUGUGGAGCAACUAGAAUUAUUGGUGUGGAUGUGAAUCCUGACAAAUUUGAAACAGGCAAAACAUUUGGAGUUACUGAUUUUGUGAACUCUGCAACUUGCACCGACAAACGUUUGAGUGAGGUGAUAAAUGAGAUGUCUGGUGGAGGUGCUGACUAUUGCUUUGAAUGUGUUGGUUUGGCAUCUUUGGUGCAUGAAGCAUAUGCUUGCUGCCGAAAGGGUUGGGGAAAGACAAUUGUAUUGGGCGUGGACAAGCCAGGAGCGCAUUUGAGCUUGAAUUCUUUUGAAGUCCUUCACAGUGGGAAGAUACUCACAGGAUCCCUUUUUGGAGGUCUCAAAGCUAAAUAUGAUAUUCCCAUCCUUGCUAAACGUUACAUGGACAAGGAAUUACAGCUGGAUGAAUUUGUCACACAUGAGAUGAGCUUUGAAGACAUCAACAAAGCUUUUGAUUUACUUCUUGAAGGAAAAUGUCUCCGAUGUGUGAUUUGGAUGAACAAAUGAGUAUGUCCCUCUGAUGUUAUUCUGUGUCUUCCCUUGGGACAUCUCUUAUCUUAUUGUAUGCUUCAUAAGAUCUAUGGCUUUUGGUGUUGAUUACAAUAAAAUUUACACGAGUGCUUACAAUAAAUUAACCUGCUCUUAUUUUUGCUUGA